CCACCGGGGACGAGCGGAGGGGGAGUGUGAGUGUUUCUGCGCGACCGCUUCACACGGAUUGACUCCCGCUGGAGCCGUUAGCUCAGUGGCUGUACUACCGGCUGUUUGAAUGGUUUAGCGGCGGAGAGCGAAGCUGAACUGGGAUGCGAGUAUUAUAAAAAUCGAGCUACGCGUCACUUAAAAAAAAAAAAAACAGGAGCCACACUGAGAACAAGGUGAGAGACUGAGUGAGAGCGAGCGAGUGAGAGAAGGAACAAAGAGAGAGACACAGAGGUCAUGGAGCAGCAGAGACAGAGAUCUCUCUCCACGUCGGGAGAAACGCUGUACGCCGUGCUGGGAGUCGACAAGAACGCCACGACAGAAGACAUCAAGAAAUGUUACAGGAAACUGGCGUUGAAGUUUCACCCAGAUAAGAACCCGGACAACCCAGAGGCGGCCGAAAAGUUUAAGGAAAUCAAUAACGCCCACUCCAUUCUGAGCGACGCCACCAAGAAGAACAUCUACGACAAAUACGGCUCGCUGGGGCUCUACGUCGCAGAGCAGUUUGGAGAGGAGAACGUUAACACCUACUUUGUUCUGUCCAGCUGGUGGGCGAAGGCCUUGUUCGUCUUCUGCUGCCUGUCCACAGGCUGUUAUUGCUGCUGUUGCCUGUGUUGCUGCUGUAACUGUUGCUGCGGCAAAUGUAAACCUCGGCCGCCCAUGGACCAGGAGCCCGAGUUCUACGUCUCCCCCGAGGACCUGGAGGCCCAGAUGACCGCUGACGAGAGAGAUGGAGGCGAUCCCAUCGUGAUGCAGCCGUCCUCCGCCACAGAAACCACCCAGCUUACCUCUGAUGCCCACCAAAGCUACAGGACUGACACAUACUAACACACACACACACUCAUAUAUACAGCUCACACCUUACAGUUCACCACAGCUACAGUAUCAACCAAUAACAGACCCACACAACCGACUCCACCACAAUCACAGAACUGAUGCACAUACUGCACGCACACACACACACUCACUCACCUUUCUUCUUUCUUAUCAUUCACCCGUGUCCAUUAUUUUCCCUUCAACUGCAGCGGUGAAUUAAAAACACCACACACACACACACACACACACACACACACACACACCAGCAACUACUACACACACUACUCAUCGACAGCAUGAGCUCAAUCUUUUAACUUGUUUUGAGGGGAGAAGAAAAGUGAAGGAGGAAAAAUAAAUACUACUAAAAAUAAUACUUGAAAUAUCAGUAAACAAUAAACAGUUAGUUAUUUUAACACUGGUUAGACAGAACGCAGACAAGAUUGUGAUUGGGUGAUCCUCACUAACAUUCAUCUUACGAGUAAAGAGGAACUCAUUGUUAGCACGGAAGGGGAAUUAAAAAAGGACGCGCCAACCCUUUCAAAACAAAGAGACACAUGUACUAAAUAAGAAGUGUCCACACAAAUUACAGGGUUUGGUUGUUUGUUUUUUAAAUCAUGAGAAAGAAAAAGCAUAAAGAUCACAUAACUUCAGCACAAAAAGAAAGUACUAAUGGUGGAUGAAGCCAGAGAGAGAAACAGGAUUGAUAGUAAAGAUAUGCAUUGACUUUUAAGAGUAAUAAUUUUGUGACGGUGCGUGUAUACUAGGAGGCAUUUCAGCCAGGAUUUUCAACUGCGCUUUAAGAGCGUAAAUGCAACCCGAAGCGCCUGUAAGACUAUCCAGUUUUACUGCAAAGACCAGUUUGUACUUUACCACCGUGCUCUACCGUACACGCAACAAGCAUGUACAGAAGCACUUCUGGCCUGUAGGUGAAUACAAGGAACUUUCCAUCAAUCAAGUCAGACAUUUUCCAAGUGGAAAUGUAUGCAAGGCGUGCCAGGCAGACACAUCGUUGAAAAUUUCAUUUUUUAAACAAGAAAAUUUGUACAUUUAAUGUUUUACCCUUGUUGUCUAUAAAUUUUUGAUUUAAAUAUUGAUUUUGUUAAUCAUCUCCUCUUAGCUCGCUGGGAAACACUUAUCGAGGCUUCUCUGUCAGCCCAGUGCUGGCUGGAAGUAGGUCAGUGAUCCUGUCUUUAUGUUCAGUGAGGAGUUGAAAGGAGUGGGUGGGGCUUGAGGGUGUUUAUUUGUCCUCAAUACCCUCAUAAACAUAACCACGGGAGCCCCUCUCAGUCUGGAGAGGGCGGCUCACACUUCAACAGGUGUUGCACUGCCAUCCGUCACUUAAAUCAGACAGAACGAUAUGAAACAGUUUGUUCAAGUGGUCUAAAUACCAUCCCAGAGAGAUACCUAAAGAUUUGAACUUAUUAUUAUUGAUAAUUGUGGCAUGCAGCCACCCUUAGCAUGUCAGCUUCCUCUGUCAUCCAGCACAGUAUUGCAGCAUGAUAAAUCAUAUGAGUUUUUAGCAGAAACAUCUUCCUAAAGGCAAACGCCAGAAACCCCUGCAGCUGUUAGGACUGAAUCUUAACCAGCCUUUGCACAUGUUGCCAUGACUAAACUAAAUCUACAUCAGGCAAUACUAGCGUGUAACAUCCUGGGUCCUUUUUCUCAGUCAUUAGUCACAUUACUUGUUAUUACCUCCAUUGUAGAUUUGCCGUGAACCUCCUCCUCCUUCUCUUCACUUCUUCCUUCUUCUAUGUUUAACCUUGAUCCAUUUUCUCUUCCCCAUACAAAAGAUCGAGCUCCCUGGAUCACAUUGAAAUCUCUGUGUUUGCUGUGGGAGCUACUGCAGAGUUCAGUGCUUAUUAGUGGAAACAUUACAAGGACAUUACCACACAUUAGUGACCUCUUGCUUUCAUCCAGAAGACCAGACAUACACACUGAUUAAGCCCUUUUUUUGUUUGUUUGUUUUUAGUUUUUAAUAUGUUUUGUGAGGAAGUAAAAAUGCUGUACAUGUCGAGUAAAGUGUAUGUUUAGAUUUUGUGUCACUGUAUUUCUUUUAAGUUGGUCAGAAAUUCGAACACUUUUUAAUUCUUUCUAUUUUUCUCCGUAGAAUUGCUUUUCACUGUUUUUGUUUUUUCUUAUUUAUGUUGUUUAAUGAAGGGAGGAUAUUGAUAUCCAAAGUCUUAUUUGUUCGUGUGGCAGAAGUUUUGUAGACAAUCUUCAACAAUCAGACUGCUUAGUACAGUUAUAUCAACUUUUGUAGGUCUUUAUUUGUCACACAUCAGCAGCAUAACAGCUUGCUACAGUAGUUCUUUGUGUCAACUAUUUGAUUUUUGUAAAGAGAAAAAAACGCCUACACUAAACCAAACAGGCUAAUUUAUUCACUAUAUUUACUUUCAUUCCUCAGUCAAACGCUUUGUUCAUUUUGGAUUUUUUACAUAUCAUGAGAAAGUGCAAUAAGAGCUAAAUAAAUCUCUUCCAUGGCUUUCCUUCUCUUCUAAACUUCCAAUCACAAAUUUCAGAGGUUGUUUCAGGGAAUCUGCAGAUUCAUAAAGUCCCUAAAUUAGCUCCAUUUGAGACCACAAUAAGGAUGAAAUAGAGCUACAUUAAGUUGUUUCUUACAUAAGUUAGUGAAAUAUAUAUGCGAUGUCUGCCCUAGUAAACAUACUGGAUUAAGUUUUAAAGUUUGUAUUCCAGUUUUUAAUUUGCACUAAUCUGGUCAAAAAAACAGUUUUGAUGGACCUUUUGAAAGGGUUUUUAUGUAACCUGCAGAUGUUCUGUUUUAACCGAAAUUUCUCUUUACUUAGUUUUGUGCUUUAUGUCAUAUGACCGUUGAAACACAGCAUUGUUAAACCCAAAAUCCCUCCUUUCUUUUUUGAAAUGUUUCCUGUAUUGAUCAAACAUGCAACACGUGUCUGAGUGAAUGCAGCUUGAAGCCUAAAAACCAUAAACCUGGAGUCAAGGAACUUCCAUUGUUAGAUCUGAAACCAAGACAUAAAUAACAAGAACUGAUUUAAGUGUGAAUAUAGCAACCAGAUGAUAAUAAUAUUGAAGCAUUUUAUUUAUUUUAUUUUUCUUAAGUUUUUAAUAAUUGAGUAACGACUAGCUGGUGUGUGAAGGGGAUGUAUAGAAUUGUAGAUGUAAACCAUUUUGACAAUCAAGUGGCAAAAUGGCAGAACUGCUGUAUAUAAACGCAGUGGCACAGUACAUAGAUGUAGAGGUUUUCUGUUUUUAGCAUGGACUGAUGUAUGAGUCUGUCAGGCAGAUGGGUGGGUAAAUGAAGUAUCUGAUGUACUGUUGUAAAAUAAAUGUUUCUGUUGCUUCAGA